AUGGAGCGGAAAAAAUACUUCCGCUUGGUCCUUGGAUCGUCUAGCCCAGCAUCCCAGGGUGUUGUACGCGCUUUGAAGCUUCCCGAUGGGGUUGAUGUUGAUGAUUUCUGCUUGGUGCUCCAUGGUAAACGCGAAAGCUUGAACCUCCCACCAAGCCUUGAGCCUUCAGCUCUCAAAGUGUUUGCGAACGGCAAAGCUCCGACACCUCUGGAACUGGACAAAAGUUUGGAGAACUAUGGUGUGAACACAGCAGACCCACUCAUCGUGCGAGUGCCAAGGAUCUGGUUCCAGUUGAAAGGUGCCGACAGACGCGAUCUCUCUUGCCCAGCUUCAGUUCCGCUCACCGAGGAGGACGCUGUUGAAGUUCUACUGGACGCAGUUCAGAAAUUUUACAAGGACAACCAUCUUGCCGGGAUCGCUGCGUCCGACCUUGUGGUCUACGCCGGCGAUGAUUUCACGGAGCUUCUGGCUCGUGGGGGGCAGAUUGGCUCGCGUGGUAAUUCAGAACAGACACCACUCAUCGUGAUGAUGGCCCCAAUGAGACUUCCCAUCGACAUUGGAGAAGAGCAGAACGAGAGCAAACGACAGGAACUCCAGCGCUACCAGAAGCAAGGAGAACUGAUCCAUAACAACUGCAAGGACUACUGCGGUCAAAUUCUGGACAAGAUUGACUACUACUACGAACACGACGACGGCGACACACUCCCAUUCAUCUGUGUACAAGGGUCGUCGGGCAUGGGGAAAUCCCAACUAGCAUUUGCGUUGGGAGGGCACCGACCGUACUUCUACUGGCUUGGGGUUAGCGGUGGUGUCGGCGGUCAAGUGCUGUACGGUAAUUUUACGUCGAUAUCGACAGCCUUUCUUGAUUGCGUGCGCCUGGAUCAGCCAAAUGCUGAGAAAUCGGACCAUGUACUUGACACCUCGUCAAGCUUCUACGGUCGAGACUUGUGGACUUUCGGUUUUCUUCGUGCACUGCUAGAGCAUUGCGACUUGAGUACCUCGAAAAUGAUCCGGUUUGAAGAGCCCGUUACACUUAGGUGGAAAAGUGCAAUCAGAAAGCUGUGCGUACUGUGA